GAAGGUGAUUCAUGUGAACAGGUUUCGUUUUUUUUUCUCACUACUGACUGAUACUACAUUGUCCAGGAUAUAUAUAAGUGAGAUUAACUGCUUCUCAGAUUGUAAGACUUGAACCUGCAUGAACAUCGGGAUUGUUGUAUUGGAGUUUUACGUUUCUGGUUAAUUUAAUAUAUUGUAAACUGUGUUUGGAUUGCUAGCUACAGCGUGUAAAGAAAACGGUCACGUCGAAUGGUUCUUUUGUUUGAUACCUAACCUAGUGUAACCUGAGCUUUUGUUUCUCCAGUGGUGAAUCGGUUGCAUAAACCGGUUUUUCUGGUCCUUGUUUCUUCAGAGAAGUCAUCUAAAAGAGACAAAAAGUUUAUAGCCGAGCAGUUUGAACGGCAGCCUCGCCCUUCCGUGUACAACACCUUAUAGACUUGUUCGUGAGAUUGUACUGAUUAAACGCACCGAAGAGUUAUUUACAAGAAGAACGCUUAUUAAAUCCCAUUAUGAGAACUGUUUUGAGCUUAAUACUUUUCUCCCUGACUGUGGCUGUAAUCUCUUCUCAACAAGGUUGUUCAAGAUGUUCUCCAAAUAAAUGGGCAUUAUGUGAUGGCAGCGUUGACAGCUCAGACUGCACUUGUCCAGUUACGGUCUCUGAAAAUUACACAGUUCAUGUGAAAUGUGGCGAAACAGCAUUGACUGCAAAGUGCUUCAUGAUGAAGACUGAAAUGUACAGAACCAGAGCUGGACUUUCAACACGCAGAAAGCCAGGCGAGCAUGCAAUCAUUGAUAACGAUGGAAUUUAUGAUCCAAUGUGUGAAGCAUCUGGUAUCUUUAAAGCUAAACAGUGUAAUAACUCACAAGAAUGCUGGUGUGUCAACACUGCUGGAGUCCGACGAACAGAUAAGAAAGACCAAAGCAUCACAUGUGGUGAACUUGUCAGAACAUGGUGGGUUCGUAUUGACCUGAAGCAUGAGCCCCUAGGCAAUAUCAGUCAAAGUGCCUUGUUUGAAGCCAUAAGAACCAAACUGAUAAAACGUUAUGGAGUCAUUCCAGCUAGUAUUGAUAAGAUUAUGAGUGAAGAAGAAAAUGUGGUGACGAUAGACUUGUAUCAGAAUAAUACCAGCAGUUCACCUGAUCUUGCAACAGUAGCUUACUAUAUGGAAAAAGAUGUGAAAAAUAGCUCCUUGUUUGCUUACGACAAAAACCUGAAUCUUGCGGUUGGUACAACUCCUGUGCUGGUGAAGGAAAUUUUCAUCUACUUUGUGGAUGAGAAGCCACCAGAGUUCACCAUGAAACGCCUGACUGGCGGUAUUAUUGCUGUCAUAGUUGUGGUGGUGGUUGGUGUUCUUGCUGCAAUCGUUGUUCUGAUUGUUACUAGGAAGAAAUCUCAGAAAAAGAGAGGAGAGGGGAAGGAAAUGGAUGAGAUGCAGAAACAGCAACUGACUGCCUAACCAUUGUCCUUCACACCAUUCCAAGACUUGUAAAUGUGGACUAUGUACAGUUUUGUUACAUGUGCUUUUCUCCUGGGAGUUUUCAAUGUUGUACCACAGGAAAAAUACAGACCUGUCUAGUGGUUUUGCUGAGUACCAUCACUAUAAAACGAUUGUUGCAUGAGGCCAACAACUGAGGAUUUUACAGCUUUCAUAACUUGCCAUUAUGUAAUGUUGCACUUCCUUUUAUUACUGUGAUAUGGGGAGACUUAAGACUAUAUGCUGGUGUAAAUGUGGUGUAACUGCCCCAUCGAUGUUUUUUUAUUGUUUGAAUAACUUGGAUAUUUUAACAUGUUUUCAUUAAAGUGGUUAGUGAGUUAGAAAAAUUGAAA